AACACUCGACAGUACAACCAGCCCAAUCCACUCAACAUGUUCAAGUUCUUCGCCCUCGCCUUCGUCGCUCUGGUUGCCUGCGUCUCGGCCAAGCCCGGAAUUGUGGCGGCACCGCUGGCCUACUCUGCUCCCCUGGUGGCUGCUGCCCCAGCGGCUGCUGUUUACAGCCGGGAAUAUCACGGCAACUUUGCGGCACCCUAUGUGGCAGCAGCAGCCUCUCCCUAUCUGGCAGCAGCAUCUCCGUACGUCGCCUCGCCCUAUGUGGCAUCUCCCUAUGUGGCAGCAGCAUCUCCGUACGUCGCCGCGCCCUAUGUGGCAUCUCCCUACACCGCUGCCUACAGCGCAGCCCCCUUUCUGCUGAGGAAGUAGAUGCUGGAACCGUCCAACAACAGCUGAACCGACUGAAAGACAACUCACAAUGAAUUGCAGAAGA